CCAUCUUGAACGACACUUUAAAAACCCUCUCUUUACCGGCGUCGCUAUCUCUCUCUCUACGGCCGAUCAGUUCUAUAGAAUCCGUCGUACUUUUUGAUCGGUAAUCAACCCGAUUCGAUUUGAUUUUGAUUGAAUAGGGAACUAAGGCGAAGAGCAACCAUGUCUCUGAGACCUAGCGUGAGGACUGAGGUACGUAGGAACAGGUACAAGGUGGCGGUGGAUGCCGAGGAAGGUCGGAGGAGGAGGGAGGACAAUAUGGUCGAGAUCAGGAAGAACAAGAGAGAGGAGAACUUGCUCAAGAAGCGUCGCGAAGGACUUCUUAGCCAGCAAAACCAGCAACAGCAACUCCUCUCCGCCUCUUCUGUGUCCGAUAAGAAGUUAGAAAGUCUUCCAGCUAUGGUUGCCGGCGUUUGGUCGGAUGAUGGUAACGCCCAGCUUGAGGCAACCACUCAGUUCCGGAAGCUGCUUUCAAUAGAGCGCAGUCCUCCCAUUAAUGAAGUUGUACAAUCUGGUGUUGUUCCUCGCUUUGUUGAGUUUCUUGUGAGGGAUGAUUUCCCACAGCUUCAGUUUGAGGCAGCUUGGGCUCUCACCAAUAUUGCAUCUGGAACAUCUGAAAACACCAAGGUCGUCAUUGAUCAUGGAGCUGUUCCCAUAUUUGUUAAACUUUUAGGAUCUCCAACUCAUGAUGUGCGUGAACAGGCUGUGUGGGCACUAGGAAACAUAGCUGGAGACUCUCCUAAAUGUCGUGAUCUUGUACUUAGCCAUGGGGCCUUGCAACCACUCCUUGCACAAUUCAAUGAGCAUGCUAAGCUCUCAAUGUUGAGAAAUGCAACUUGGACUUUGUCGAACUUCUGCAGGGGCAAGCCACAGCCAGCUUUUGAGCAGACAAAGCCAGCUCUGCCAGCUCUUGAACGCCUCAUACAUUCAAAUGAUGAAGAAGUCCUUACAGAUGCAUGUUGGGCCCUCUCAUAUCUUUCAGAUGGUACUAAUGACAAAAUUCAAGCUGUGAUUGAGGCAGGUGUCUGUCCUCGACUUGUUGAGCUCUUGCUGUGAGUAUUGAAUUUCUUUUUUCACCAACUAGAUUUCAGUUUGACGUUAUUUCCUACCUGUUGGGCUCUUCUUUUAAAUGAUACUAACAUUUUCUUUUAAAUUCUGAAUCCUUGUGUUCUUUUCCCUUUU